UCCCGAUUUUAACCAUUCCACCCCACUGCGACGUCAGCUGUGCGCGCCACGGAAUCCAGCACUGGCUCCCGCCGUUAUUUCCAUAACCCAUCCCCUCAAACCUUUGGGAACUCUCGAAGCUCGCCGCCAGCAUCGGGAUACUCCAUCGGAUUCUGAAACGGAAACCCUAGCUCCAACCCUCCUCCAGUGGAGAUUAGAGGAUGGCGCUUGUACCGCGCUUUCAUGCCUGCCGAAUCCAUCAAUCCGAGAUGACGAAUGGUGUACAGUGCAAUGGUAAUUCGAUGAUGAUUAGUCUUAGACCGAAGGUUGAAGUUGCGGGCUGCUGGUCUUUCGUGAGGAGGCAGCAGGGCCUGCGAUGGGACUUUCCUGGAUUAAAGCGAGGGCGUCAAGUUACUGUGGCAGCGAGUCCACCAGCGGAGGAUACCACCGUGUUGACUGAACCUUUGACGAAAAAGGAUCUUGUUAAUUAUCUGGCAUCUGGUUGCAAGCAAAAGGAGCAAUGGAGGAUAGGCACAGAACAUGAGAAGUUUGGCUUUGAAGUUGAAACACUUCGCCCUAUAAGCUAUGAACAAAUCGCUGCCUUGCUAAAUGGAAUUGCUGAGAGAUUUGAAUGGGACAAAAUAAUGGAGGAGAAUCAUGUAAUUGGACUUAAACAGGGAAAGCAAAGCAUCUCACUUGAACCAGGUGGCCAGUUUGAGCUUAGUGGUGCACCCCUUGAAACUUUGCAUCAAACCUGUGCUGAGGUCAACUCGCAUCUUUAUCAGGUAAAAGCUGUGGCUGAGGAAAUGGGCAUUGGUUUCUUAGGAAUUGGUUUUCAGCCAAAAUGGCCUUUGAAGGAUAUUCCUAUUAUGCCAAAGGGAAGGUACGAGAUUAUGAGAAACUACAUGCCAAAAGUUGGGUCUUUGGGACUUGAUAUGAUGUUCCGCACCUGUACCGUUCAAGUUAAUCUUGACUUCAGUUCUGAAUCAGAUAUGAUCAGGAAGUUCCGCGCCGGUCUUGCUUUGCAGCCUAUCGCAACUGCAAUAUUUGCAAAUUCACCAUUUACUGAAGGAAAACCAAAUGGUUUUCUUAGCAUGAGAAGCCAUAUUUGGACGGAUACUGAUAACGACAGGGCCGGAAUGCUUCCUUUUGUUUUUGACGAUUCUUUUGGGUUCGAGGCAUAUGUGGAUUAUGCCUUAGAUGUUCCUAUGUAUUUUGUUUACCGCAAAAAGAAGUAUAUAGAUUGUUCCGGAAUGUCCUUUCGGGACUUCUUGUAUGGCAAGCUUCCCGCAAUGCCCGGGGAACUACCAACUCUUGUUGAUUGGGAGAAUCAUCUAACAACAAUUUUUCCUGAGGUGAGACUGAAAAGAUACUUGGAAAUGAGAGGUGCAGAUGGAGGGCCUUGGCGGAGAUUGUGUGCUCUGCCAGCAUUUUGGGUAGGUUUGUUAUAUGACGAGAUUUCCUUACAAAGUGUUUUGGAUAUGACUGCUGACUGGACUGAAGAAGAAAGGCAGACUUUAAGGAAUAAGGUUCCAGUACUUGGUUUGAAGACACCAUUCCGGAGCGGGCUUCUAAGACAUGUGGCAGAAGAUGUUUUGGCACUAGCUAAGGAUGGCUUGGAAAGAAGGCUUUGCAAGGAAGCUGGCUUUUUAAAAGAAGUCGCGGAGGUAGUUGCAACAGGAGUGACACCUGCUGAGAAGCUCUUAGAGCUGUACCACGGAAAGUGGGGAUGCAGUGUAGAUCCGGUUUUCCAGGAAUUGUUAUAUUAGUUUGUGUAAGUAAUUUUAAAAUAAAUAAAUAAUAAUAAUAAUAAUUUUCAAAUUCAUUUGGAUUUUAUUGCAUAUCAAAUAAUUGAACUCUCUGAUGUCUUUAGCUGCC